AGCAGCUAUAGCAACAACCUGGAGCUGCCGGCUGCAGUGCUGCUCGGCUGAGCCAUGGAGGUUGGGGCAGUGGGGGACCCCAGGGGGGUCUGGGGGGACCCGGCGGACGGGACCUACAUCAUCCCACACGGGCUCCCACCUGUGCCAUGUCCCCACGGUGCCGUGCCAGUGUCCCAGCAGCCAGUGGUGAUCCUCCAGCAGCUUCCUGGGACCCUAGCCCAGCCCACCAGAGCCCCACACCUGUGGGAAGAUUUAAUUGAGUUGAUGAUGAUUCAAAACUCCCAAAUGCACCAGGUGGUGAUGAACAGUCUGACCAUGUCAGCAUUGACGUCCUUCGGGUUCGGGCCAUCUUCAGCUGCUGCCCAGCCACUCAUGGUGCCUUUGCAGACUGGAGAGGAAGAGGAGGCCGUGGUUUUCCACCACCACUAUGUCCCCUAUGCCGGUCCCACUCCCAUCCUGGCAUGGCCGGUCCCGGCUGGGGCUUGGGGACCGGUGGUCGUGCACUACCAGGACAUGGCAGUGGAGGAGGGGGAGCCGUGAGUAGCAAGGGUGCUG